AUGGGUAUUAAAAGCGAAAAAAAAGCUAACAGCGAUCAAGCUCGACUGGCACGACUCACACUGGAAGGAAAUUCCGGCAAUGAGGAAGACAUUCAGUUAAAGAUCAAAAUGGUAAGGCAUUUAUCGAUUUUUCGUUACCGCUAAGGAAAUUGACUGGUUUGUUAGUUAUAAUUUCAAGUAUCCAAGUAAACUGAUCUAUGUUCCUGGCGACACGUGAUGUUGUUUUGGGCUAUGUUCGGCGUCCGUUGUCAAUGUAAAUAGUAGGAUAGGCACUAUUCAUUGGAACUUUUGCGUCAAUCGAGCAGAUGACAAAUAUCAUGAAAAGAGGGCAGGUGUUCGCUCAUUCUGUUCAGGACACAGAUGUUCAGCCAUCCACUUAAUUGGUUGCGCACCCUCGGAGAUAGAAUGCGCAAGCUCUUCUGAUGGUAAAUAUUUUUCAGAUCAUCGAAACCACUGGUUGUACACAAUCACAGGCUGAAAUAGCACUAUUGGAUACCGACAGCAAUCUUCAUAGGGCUAUUGAAUUCAUCCUUGAUAGUGGAGAUAAGCUUGAUUCAUGGACUGAACAGAAAACCGCCAAAAAGGAGAAGAAGAAGCAAGAUGAUGGCAAUUUCAAUAACAGAGGAUUUGUGCAGAGAGGAAGAGGUUUUUUGCUUGGUUGAAUCAAACAUCCAAUUUAACAGAACUUACAGGUGGUGGCACUGGUUUCGCCGAUCGAGGAGGUCGGGGACGAUCUAACGGAGCUCCACGCGAAGGACGCGAUAACCGAGAAAAUCGUGACAAUCGGGAGAACCGAGAGAACCGGGAUUCUCGGGAUCGCGAUCAAGGCAAAGAGUUCGGAGGAGCUCCUCGUCAAAACCGUGGCGGAUUCGAAAGACCGUAUGUUGGUAGAGGCGGGAGAGGAGGUGGCAGAGGAGGAUACUCGAGAGCAGUUGCUCCAUCCUCCACCAUUGAGCCUGAUGCGUUUUCCAAUGAACUUGACGAGGUAAAAAUACCUUUUUCUCUGAUUUCCAUCAUUUCAAUAUUCAGAGUUUGCUGACAAAGGUCGACACUACCGUAACUGAAGUUCAGCCGCCCAUUGAGGAAUCCGUCACCGCCACGGUACCUACUUCAUCCGCACCGGCACCGAUCUCGUUUGCUGCUGUUGCCGCAGCCGCUCACCGCAAGGAAGAGCUUCGAAAGCAACAGUUGCAUAAUCCGCAACCUCCUGCACCACCACGGCGGAGUUUGUCGCCGGCUCCACUUUCUGCUCCUGUUCAGGAGGAACCGGCUCAAACCUAUUCGGAUCCGGAAUCUUCGAAUCAGCAUGAGAAGGAAGACAGUUUCUUCCCAAGGUGAGGAAAUGGUAUGAGAGACGUUGAAAAAUAAUUGAUUUACAGUGAUUCGUCGGCUUUGGCAGAGGAGCAGAUUCCGAACGUGUCAACUCACAUCGAUGAAAAUGUACAAAGCUCACCAGAACAACCAAAUCAAGCUUGGACCGCCCAGCUGAAGACGGAUCUUGGCAUCGGUUUGCACGACGCUCCAGGAUUAGGAUUGUCUCCUAUUUCUUCAAGCGCUGCCCCGAUCCAAAGCAUUCCGGAUCCAGGUGUUGAAUUUGUCGGCACGGCUCCGACAAAUGUCCAUGACUACUCGUUCGGAUUUGUUGAGGCUCCCCCAAGUCCUCAAAUUCCAUCCGCUGAAACCUCCGCCGCUACGAUCUCAACCAACGCAAGCGAAAAUAUCUUCAACUCUCCUCGUAUUCUUCCGAAACAAGUUGAGGUGACCUUCAUAUACGAAAGGGCUGCAGUUAAUAAUAUGUAAUUUUUCAGCCAGAACGGUCAAUUCCAAAUGGCGACUACAGCCUGAAGUCGGCUUCGCCUCCUUUGGCAUAUGGACAAUCGAGCAGGGGAUUGUCGUAUGAUACUUCUUCUGCGUCAUAUCCACCGACUGAUCGAUUGUCAAACAAGCCGCAGUUCAACAAUCCUGGACAGCUCCCAUCCCAACAGGCAGCACAGCAACAAUCGCAGCAACAGCAACCUACACAACAGCAGCAAACACCACCUGCCCAGGCGCAACAACCUGGACAUCCUACGCAUCCGCAGCACAUGCUCUUCACUCCUCAGCUCACGCCAUAUCCGUAUAUGAACUCGUACAUGAAUAUGUACAAUCCGAUGCAGGGAGUUCGAGACGAACAGUAUGCUGCCCUUAUGCAGUAUGGAAUGGGUGUCGAUUUGGCCAACUUGUCAACUAUUUUGCCGCAGUCUGCUGCACUAUCACAGUCGGCUACGACGCAGCAAGUGCAAUCUGGACAGCAACGUGAAACUCACGGGCUGAUGGACUUCAACAAGUUCGGAACUCAGAACGCACGAGAGCAGCAGCAGCAGCCGUCGAAUGUUGGACCACCACCUGGAUUCCAGGCUACCAACUACAUGCAGCAGCCAAAUCUGUCUUCUCUGUUCAUGCAACAACCAUAUGCAGCUGCCCCGCACACGUUCGGAUUCAUGAACAUGAUGCCAAACGUCGGAAGCAAUGCUGGUGGUCGUCAGAUGUAUGGACAAGACGACGAGCGCAAGAACUACGACAAAAUGGCGUCGAAGCCGGCUGCUCAGCCGAACCAACAUUCGCAAUAUCAACAUAAUGGAGGAAAUCUCGGAAAAUAUGGCAGCAUGAAUAAUAAGCCGUACAACUGGGGAAACUAA